CGUUCGUUUCCCUCCAUGCCUCGCUUUUUCAAACGGACGGCCCCGAAAGUUUGCGCAGCCAGUUCGACGUCGCAGCUCGCCGGAUUUCCUCCGCGACCGAUUUGCAGCCCUUUGCGUGUUGCCAAAACUGUGAACACGACUGCGUGCAGGAGAUCCAAGGGAGCAGCUAUGGCGAUCGCAACUGGGAUGUCGAAGCUGCUACCCGCUUCUAGUAUUGCCUUCACUAAAGAAUUGGCCGGGCUAAGAGUGAUCCCCUUCCUCCCUCCUCCUCGUAAAGUUUCCGCAACGACUGUCAUAAGAGCGUCCUUGCACGCGGAGGAAUCUGAGAACUUGGGCGAGCAUGUUGCCCAGAACAGAAGAGCACUGAUGAUGAAGGGAGCUCUCGGAGCGAUAGGAAUUCUCUUUCCUAUCUGUGGGGCUCAAUCCGCAAAAGCAGCGGAGGAGGAGGCUGGAGAUACAUCCCCCCGUUUGUCUUACUCACGGUUUCUGGAGUAUGUUGAUCAAGGACUUGUGAAGAAAGUAGAUCUCUACGAGAAUGGCACCAUCGCUCUUGUUGAAGCCGCCUCUCCGGAGCGUAGGAAUCGCAUUCAGCGAGUUAGAGUUCAGCUCCCGGGAACAAGCCAAGAGCUUCUAGCGAAAUUCCGAGCUAAGAACAUCGACUUCGCCGCACACAACGCCCAGGAAGAUCCAGAAAACUCGGUUUUAAACAUCUUGAGCAACUUGGCGUUUCCUCUCAUCGUGUUGGGUGCCUUGUUUUUCCUCAACCGUAGGCAAGAAGGAAUCGGAGGAAGUGGAUCUGGCGGCCACCUCGCAUUUGGAAAAUCGAAGGACAAGUUUCAAAUGGAGCCAAACACAGGUAUCACCUUCGCUGAUGUAGCUGGUGUGGAUGAGGCCAAGCAGGAUUUCAUGGAAGUUGUGGAGUUUCUCAAGAGGCCGGAGCGGUUCACCUCAGUUGGUGCCAAAAUCCCCAAGGGCGUGUUGCUUGUUGGCCCUCCCGGAACUGGAAAGACUCUCUUGGCCAAAGCAAUCGCUGGAGAGGCCGGAGUUCCGUUCUUCGCAGUCUCUGGUUCUGAAUUCGUCGAAAUGUUCGUGGGAGUGGGCGCUUCCCGAGUGCGAGACCUCUUUAAGAAAGCCAAAGCAAACGCCCCUUGCAUUGUGUUUGUUGACGAAAUAGAUGCCGUUGGUCGGCAAAGGGGCACUGGCAUUGGUGGCGGUAGUGAUGAGCGAGAGCAGACCUUGAACCAGCUUCUCACAGAAAUGGAUGGAUUUGAGGGUAACACAGGUGUUAUUGUUGUUGCUGCCACCAACAGAGCUGAUAUUCUUGAUUCAGCUUUGCUGCGACCAGGUCGAUUCGAUCGCCAGGUUACAGUGGAUGUGCCUGACGUGAAGGGUAGGACUGAGAUUCUAAGAGUACACGCAAGUAAUAAGAAAUUCGAGGAGGACGUCUCUAUUGAGCUCGUUGCCAUGCGCACUCCAGGCUUCAGUGGUGCUGACCUAGCCAAUCUUCUAAAUGAAGCAGCAAUAUUGACGGGAAGAAGGGGAAAGACAGCCAUCUCUGCCAGGGAAAUCGAUGAUUCCAUAGACAGAAUUGUGGCAGGCAUGGAGGGAACCGUCAUGACCGACAGCAAGUCGAAGAGCCUCGUAGCCUACCAUGAGGUUGGCCAUGCUGUCUGCGGAACUUUAACCCCAGGCCACGAUGCAGUGCAAAAGGUGACUCUCAUCCCGAGGGGUCAAGCUCGCGGUCUCACCUGGUUCAUCCCUGGGGAAGAUCCUACUCUCGUCUCCAAACAACAAAUCUUCGCUCGCAUUGUUGGUGCUCUAGGUGGACGCGCUGCCGAGGAAGUCAUUUUCGGCGACGCCGAAGUGACAACUGGGGCUUCCAGCGACUUGCAACAAGUGUCCUCCAUGGCUAAGCAAAUGGUGACCGUCUUUGGCAUGUCCAACCUCGGUCCCUGGGCGCUGAUGGAUCCCUCGGCUCAAGGAGGCGACAUGAUAAUGCGCAUUUUGGCGCGCAACCAGAUGUCUGAGAAGCUGGCGGAGGAUAUUGAUCGUGCUGUGAAGCAAAUUUCUGACGAAGCUUACCAAAUUGCGGUAGACCACAUUAAGAACAACCGUGCAGCCAUAGAUAAGAUUGUAGAAGUUCUUCUGGAGAAGGAGACACUCGCAGGAAAUGAGUUCCGAGCCAUCCUGUCCGAGUAUACAGAAAUCCCGUCCAGCAAUUCCAGCGAGAAGAAGCAACCCAAACCUGCAGCUGUGUAACGCAUUGGAGGUGUAGAUCGACUCAAUGGAUUAUUUUAUUGAUUCUUAUUGAGAUUUUGGAUUGUUAAGCAGUUCACCUUCUCAUUGUUAAUAUCGUCAUCUGGAAAGGACAGUCUUUCUUUAACAUUUCAGUAUCUCCACUGCUACCAGGGGGCACAGAAGUGCUCUAUUUUAUAUCAGAUUCUAUGUACAUGCUAGAGAAAUUUGCACUUUCGUGAUGAUGUAACCACGAAGAGGGGCUAUUGAUGACGACUCAUCGGACCAAAUGGAAUUAUUGAGUACUUUUAGAUUUUACACCAUCUGCUCACAGAGUAUGAUAA